CAAUGCAAAAUUUAGAGUAAAACAAAGGGAACAUUAAAAGAACUUGUUUAAUCUUCAACUCACAUCCUCAUUUAAUAUUCUCUUUCUUCUUCCUCUUCUUCUUUAAAUAAAGCUUCCAUAGCUUAAAAAUCAAGCUCAAAGACCCUUUUCAUAUCCCUAAAACCCUUUCUUCUCUCUUUCUCUUCAAGAUUUUUCCUACUAGAGAGGAGAAUAUAUUCUCUUCCCAAUACAAGGGAACACAAGAAAUCUUUUUAUCUUCUUCCUUUUAACUUUUCAUCUUCUAUAUAUACGAGCCCAAAAUUUUGAUUCUUAAAUCAAGUUAAUUAAUGGGAUUUUCCAAAAAGCCAACUAGUCAUCAUCCAAUGGAUGGAAAUAUUAAAGAGUCAGAAACCAAAGGAUGGAUCAUUGCAGGAAUUACAUUAAGGAGUCCAUUGAAGCCCAUAUUCACAACCAAGAAUAAGAACAAACAUGUUGAAGAAAAAGAAGAAGAAGAGUUUUCGACUACUCCAACGUACGAAGAAUCUAGGUUAUCAUCUUUAACAUGUCCACCUGCUCCUAAGAAGAGAAAAACAUCUUCAAGGUGUAACUAUAAUGGUCAUGUUAGGGAGUUGUUUCACCCCCCACUAGACUUGGAAACUGUUUUUAUACGCAGAGUUGAAUUUUGAAUAAAGCACUCACUUAGAAGAUGAUUAAACUGAUUUUAUUCUAAUUAUUUUGUUUUCAGUUUA